AUGGUGGAGCUGAUGGUCCAUCACGUGCCACACCCGGUGGCUUUGGCAUAUGUUGCUUCAUUUGUUAUCAUAGGAAGCAACAGUUAUGGAAAAGAUCCUGAUAUGAUACAAAUAAAUCUAUUAAAAUCCUUAAUUGCUAAUAAAAGACCACAUAAAACGGAGAUUCAAGCAAAAGAAGAAAAUCAAAAAGUCGAAAACUUGACAAAAAAUAAAUUUCAAGCAGAAGAAGACCUUCAUAAAAUCAGCCUUUCAAACGGAGAGACGAACUCUGACGAACUAAGUUCGUCUCCACCACAGAGACGAACUCAGUUCGUGAUGAGCAGCUGCCGGAAAACAAUUUCCGGAAUGACAACAUUGAAGGUUCUUGUAUACUAUGAUGGAGUAUGGGAUGAAAAUCUAAACUACUCAAAUUAUAAGAUCAAGGGUAUUUUAGUUAAAGACGAUGCGGAAUUUGAAACUCUAAAAGCAUUGAUUUUCAGUAUACUUAAGGUUAAAUUUGGGGAAACUGAAAUACACAUCAAGUAUCAGUUGGAACCAAAUCAGCAAGCUGUGGACAUUGAUGAUAAUGAAAGCCUUCAAUUUUAUAUUGAGAUUAAAAGAGAGGAUGCUAGAAUUACACGUUUUCCACUGUGCAUCACAACUAUAGGGUAUGAGAUUCAGAAUGUCAUUGAAAUGGACACUGAAACAGUUGAAGAUACGAAUGAAGACAUACAUGAGGCGUCAUAUCCCAGUCCUACAGCAAUGGAUAUUGUUACAUAUGCUGAAAUGAUAUUCAAGCAGACGGAACAUGACGAAGCAGAACGACAGACAAUCGAGGACGGGGAGAAUGAAAUUGUAUCGUCACAAAGUGUCAAAGAAGCCUUUAAAGGGCAGAUAUUCAAGGAUAAAAAGACAAUGAAAUCAUGUUUGUGUUUUUACGCAAUUGAAAAAAAAAUUCAGUUUGCUGUAAGUAAAUCGUGCAAGCUCGAAUACGUGAUUCAUUGCCUUUAUGAUCAAUGCAACUGGAAUUUAAGGGCUUCGAAAGACGGAAAGACAAGCAUGUUUAUUAUAAGAAGAAUGGACGAUAUUCACACAUGUCCCCCGAAAUUCAGAAUGGAAGAACAACGGCAAGCGACAUAUUCAGUAAUUGGGGACUUGAUAAAAUCAAAAUUCUUGAAUAUAAAGACCGUGUACACACCGGCAGACAUUAUUUCCGAUAUGCAAAGAGAUUUUGUAGUUGUUUUGAAUUACAACAAGGCUUGGAGAUCCAGAGGAAAAGCACUUGAGUUAAUUAGAGGUAAACCAAGAGAUUCAUAUUCAGUUUUGCCUAAUUUUUUGAAUAUGUUUGUGAAAACAAACCCAGGAUCAGUUGUAGAUCUACAAACAGCAGAAGGGAAUAAAUUUAAAUAUGUUUUUAUGACUUUGGAUGCAUCCAUAAAGGGCUGGAAUUUUUGCAGACCGGUUAUUGUAGUGAAUGGAACUUUUUUAAAAUCAAACUAUGGAGGAACACUACUAACUGCAUCUACACAAGACGGUGGGGGUAAGAUAUUUCCACUUGCAUUUUAUGUGAAAAUAAAAGGAGCUUUUAGAGAAAAGGAGAAGUUAUGUAUUGUAUCUGAUAGACAUGAUAGCAUUAAAAAGGCUGCAAAUUCAGUAUUUCCUCUUGCUAGUCAUGGUAUUUGCGCGUAUCAUCUCUUGUGUAACGUCAAAAAACAAUUUAAAGUUAAUCCUAAAAAUCCAAAGAGUUUGAAGGACUGUUUUUUUGGGGCUGCGAAGUCGUACACGAAAAAAAGUUUUGAUUACUUUAUGGCAGAACUAGAUAGCAUCAACGUAGCAAUACGACCAUACCUUGUUGGUGUUGGGUUAGAAAAAUGGGCAAGAGCAUAUUCAACUAAAAACAGGUACUGA